AUGACAGGACUUCCAAUAAAGCGCCCCCUUAUCGCGCGCCCAAAGGCCAUCCCGCCCUCUGAGCAGGUCAUUGAAGCUGGGGACACUCUCAGACUAGGUUCAGCGCAAGACCUCGACACCCUCACCGUCUCCGAGGCCUCUCUGAUCAUCAAUGCCGUCAUGGCCAAGAGGAGACAAGCGCCUGAAAACCUUCGUUACAAUCCAAUUCUACAGAAUACGUUGAACUAUUGUGAUGCGUUUGCGAGGUACCGAACCAGAGAGAGCAUCGAAGCGGUUGAGCGACUGCUCAGUGCCUACCCAGAGCUAGCCAAGUCCGAGAGAGCCCAGUUAGGUUCUUUUUGCUGCAGGGAUGCUGACGAGGCAAAAACGGUGAUUCCUUCGCCCGUGGACAAGGUUGACGACGAAAAAUUGCAGGAAUUGCUUGAUGAGCUGGUGAAGCUUGCUGUGUAA